ACCCGACGAAACACGAGGCGCGCUUCCACGGCCUGCUGCGACGACCGCGGUUUCAGUUGAUUUCAGGAACGCGAAGGGCGAGUUGAUACUGAAACGCCCCCGUCGACUAUUGACCGCGUGCUUUAAUCAAAUAUAAACAAAUAAUACUCACAAAWUACUUGUGAUUGUGCCGCUUUUGACCGGUUGUGAUCGAUUGUUUGUGGGAUAUUCCMGCUAGUUUGGGCUUUUCUCUCGGCCGCCACCAAGGCAAACUAGACUGAGUGCCAUGGUCUGACGACACGAUUCCUAGAAUUUAUUUUGGAGAAUAGUUCACUCUGACUUUGUCAGUUCAACAAAAAGUCGGAUUCUUAGAACGUUUCCAGUUCGAUGCAAACAAUAAGAUAAAACGAUCAGUGCACGUCUAUGACUUCUUCAUUUAAGGGUGGGCGGCCAAUUCAGCGAGAAUAUUCUUGGAUAGAUUCUUGUGAUAAACAGUGAGCGCUUCUGAAGGCGCUAUUACCGUCAAACUGGCAGCCAGUGCACUAGCCGCUAUGAACCCUCACUACCACCCUUACGGAGGCUCGGAACUGACGUCUCCGCAUCCUCCGUCGCCAGAUAACAACAAUUAUCACAGUCAUCAAGGACCUGGAGGACCUCAAAUACGCAUGCAUCAAUCAAACGGACACGGAAUAGGUCCACUAGGCCACCCGAGCGGUCCCCACGACGGCCAUCCUCACAAUCACCACUCCCACCCCGCUUUUGGAGGCCCUCAGUCGGAAGGUCCCCAUCACCAGCAUCAUAAUCCGAGCAUCAACAAUAACAAUAAUAACAGCACGGUGAAAGUAUGUGCAGGGUGCGGUGGUAAAAUAGUGGAACGUUUUCUUCUGCAUGCGUUAGAUCGCUAUUGGCACAAUAGCUGUUUGAAGUGUUCGUGUUGCGCGGCUAUGUUAGCAGACAUCGGGACAUCGUGCUUCACAAAAGGUGGAAUGAUCCUCUGCAAACAGGACUAUACGAGGUCCCGCAGGUUAUUUGGAAACUCAGGAGCGUGUUCGGCGUGUGGCCAAAUGAUCCCUGCUAGUGAAUUCGUCAUGAGAUCUGGAGGACCAUCACCCCAACAACCUGGAGCCCCCCUGCAUGUUUUCCACCUGAAAUGUUUUGUGUGUAGCAAAUGUGGCGCCCCCCUCGUGCAAGGCGACCGCUACUACAUGCUUUCAGGAAGUCUCGUUUGUGAACAGGAUUGGCACAAAUUACUUAAAAGUUCAGCAGCCACACCUACGGUGCGUAAAGGAAAAGUCGGAAGGCCUCGUCGGAGCCGUGACUGAAUAGAACCUUACCUUCAUGGGGUCCCAGGUUUGACGCCUCAACAUACAUCGAUAACAGUGGGACAUCCCUACCUCCUCCAGAACAGUUUCCUGCCACUGGGUAUGAUGAAUGAAGUCAGGUUUUCCUACGGACAACGAAGCUUCUCCUUGUACAGUGAUAACCACGAGUGAUCGGUUGCAAGUCUCGUUUUUUCUGUAAAAUAGCGCGUGACAGUCGGACUUCCACCGAAGCAGUGUACAAAUAUUGUUAGAAAAUCUAGUGUUACUUGAACUUUGUUAUACAAGGAUUGGUUAAGUCUCAAGCCAUCUGUAUGACGUAGCUAAUGGGACUCAAUUCAGUGUACUUAACAUGUUGAAGUUUGUUGUAGAGCGCGAAUGUCAACAACUUUUUUAUUGUGUAAAUAAUUUUAACAUAAGGAUUGCAAUAAGGCGCUGAUAUUACACGGGAAAUAUUGGAAAAAAUGUAAAUGAUAUUUAUGUACAUCACGUCGACGGAUUUCACUUCGAAGGAGGAGAGAUCCCGAGUUUUCCGCAAUCUUGCCCCGAUCUAAACUUUGUGAUUAUAUUGUAUAAAUUAUUGUAUUAUGGUUUUAUUUCUCGUUGCUCUUGUUGUUACUAGUUAAUAUUUUUAAUUAUUCCUAAUUGAUAUUUGUUUUAUUUUAUGCACCCGAAGAGAACUGUCGGUUAUUUUAUGCAGACAUUGUUGUUUUUUCAUUUGAAAUUUUCUUGUUAAAGUACUGAAGGAAAACUCCUCCGCUCAUACAAUGUUUACUUCGUUAAAACUUAAAAUUGUGUGCAAUAAACCAAAACUCCUGCCCCAAACACUCAGUCACAUCUGUAAUAAACUUCAUCAUUCUCACCUUGUUUCACUUUUAAUAAAGGUCAUACACUGAAAUGAUUUGCUCAAAUAUUUCUAUAUCAAAGUUUUGUUUCAUUCUGUGUGCAUUCCACAAUAAAACGAAUUUAAUUCA